AUGGAUACAUUAUUCUGCCUCGCCGCCGCCACAACUCUCCUGCUCGCGAAGGGACAGUCUUAUGACGACCUAGUCCGCCUGGAGAAGCUGCUGUUUCCGAACUACUCCUCCACGUGGAGACCAGUCAGGAACCUCAGUCACGUGACAAAUAUCUCCAUACAAUUCACGAUUGCUUCCCUUGUUUCCAUGGAUAUUCUCAACGAACAAAUAGUUAAUAAGGUAAUUCUGCGCCUUUCGUGGUACGACCAAUUUUUGGUCUGGAAUUCAAGCGAAUACGGCGGAAUUGAGACGAUUGCGCCUAGGAGGGGGACCGUUUGGGAACCAAUGCUACUUGUUCCAAAUGCAAUCCAACAAUGGGAUAUGGCCGCUGAUGCCACAGCUUCCUUGUCAGUUGGGAGUACCGGCCUGGUAAUGAUUUUACUUGGAGGACCAUUAAAAACUUCUUUUCCUGUGGAUAUGACGAAGUUUCCUUUUGACACACAGGUCAUAUCAAUAAGUUUGUACCCUGUCCAAUACGAUAAAAACGAAGUAGUGUUUUCAGUGUCCCAUGAUGAUGGCAUUCCAGAUAGUUUGAGGUCACACGGCGAAUGGACAAUAAAGAGUUCAUCCUUUGAGGCAGUUAUUCCGAGUGGAAACCGUUGCGGUGUUGAGUUACGCAUGAUAAUCCAGAGGAAACCCAUCUUUUACAUUUUAUCCAUUAUACUACCCAUCAGUCUCUUGUCCUUCCUCAACAUGGUUGUGUUUGCAGUUCCGGCCGAAUCUGGAGAGAAAUUAUCCUUCUCGUUGACAACAAUGCUCUCACUGGCUGUCUACAUGAGUUUCGUAAGUCAGAUAAUGCCCAACAAAUCUGUGCCUCUCUCCUUCAUGGCUGUAUAUCUUGCAUCAGUUCUGUGUCUGAGUGCUCUUGCAAUUUUAGCAACAGUUUUCGUCCUUCGUCUGUACCACAAACCGGAAACGGAAACGCCGCCAUUUUGGGUGACCCAGAUUCUGUGUGUGAAAAAGGCUGCUACUGGGGCCAAAGUGACGUUCCGCGAGGUCAGCGCGACGCUGGACGUUGUGUUUGGUGUGGUGUUUGGAUUGUGUGCAACCUUGGCCGUUGGGACACAAGUUUAUGUAAUGCAAUUAGCUGAGUGA